AUGAAUGAGACUGAUAUUAUAGUUGAUACAGAUAUUGCUCAAAACAAAGCAAUUAUUAAUUUGGAUAUUCCUACCAACACAACUAUGAAAAACCCAAGAAAUAAUAGUCAAAAUAAAAACCAGAAAAUAAUUAUAAAAAAAACCAAGAACUUAAAUUCUAUACUUCAACCAAAGAAAACACAAGAUAGGCAAAUAAUUAUUGAUAGUAAUAGUGAUGAAAGUGAAUCGGAUUUAAGUGAAGAAAUAUCUGAUGAUAAAUUAAAUGAAUUUAUUAAUAAGGAUGUAUGGUGGAAAUUACUUCAUUUGCAUCUAAAAACAACUGAUCAACAAAUUUUAAGAAAAAAUCCUGUAAUUACUGAAAAACUUGUUAAGAGUUGUGAUGAGUAUACUAUUGAUUUAGUAAUUCUAAUAAAACUUGGAGUGAUAAAGUUAUUACCGGUUCGAGAAUUAUUGACUU